ACCAUAAUAAAUCAUAUUUUCACCCAUAAAUACUUCUAACCAAAUCUUCUUCACACGGAAUUCACAUCUCUGCUACAGAGCUAACAGUGGGAAGUACUUCAUAACCACCAUCUUCUCUCUCCUCUCUCUCUCUCUCUAACCGCUAAUUUUUCAGAUCUCAAUCACACGCCGAUCCUGCGGCACCGGCGACGAAAUGUCAAAGGAAUGCGCUCACCACACGCCGCCGGCAACGGCAUCAUCGUCGGCAAUAACGCCGUUAAGUACCAGCUGGUACAGCCGUGCAGCGUUAGUGUAUAAAGCUCCGUUUCGCCGUUCGGGAUUCGAUUACCGGUGCCAUCUGCCGCUCUCUCUUUCUCUCUCCUUAACGCCGUUAGUUUUCUAUAUUUCUCCGUCUACCCUUUUUUUUUCUUUUUUAAUUUUUAAUUUUCGCGAUACGUCAGUUUUUCAUUGAAGCUGCGUCUGUUUAUUUAGGCCAUACGUUGGGAAUGGGAUAAGAGAGGUCUUAUGAAUUUGUAAAUUUUUACAAAGAAUAAAAUUGAGAAGAAAUAUAGUAAUUAUGUGAAAUUGCAAAGAGAGCAAAAAAUUUACAAGUCGGUGGCAAUUGUGUAAUUUCCUGUUCAAGUUGUAUUUAUAAUUGAAUUUUAUAUAUUAAAAGUUUAAAUAUUGUGCACA